AUGGUCUUCAACUCAACAGUAAUAAGCUGCGAUUGGAACGAAGACGAGUCGCAGUGGCACAUCCGAAUCAAGAAUUCAGAAACCGGGGAGAUUCGCGAAGAUGUAGCCAACAUUGUGAUCGGCGCAAACGGAAUUCUCAACUCAUGGAAGUUUCCCGAAGAGGUCGAUGGUCUGCAUUCAUUCGAAGGGCGACUGAUACAUACCGCACGUUGGCCGACCGACUUUGGCGAGGAGCAAUGGAAAGGUCGCCGGGUGGCAGUCAUUGGGUCUGGAGCGACGAGCAUGCAGGUUGUUCCUACAAUGCAACCGCAUGUCGAAAAGAUGGACAUCUUUGUCAGGACGCCGGUAUGGUUCGCGGAGUUUGCAGAUCACAGUGGCGACAACUUCGACUACACUACAAACGAGCGCGAGUCCAUGAGGAGCGACACCAAAGCUCUUGUUCACAAAGCCAAGUUUAUCGAAGACAAAUUGAAUACUGCGGCUGGAUUACGCGCGUUCAUGGUCCACAGCGCCGAGGCACGCAUGAUUCGCGAGCACUUCACAGACCGCAUGCGCAAGUUCAUCCACAGAGACGACAUUUUUGAACAACUACUUCCCAACUUCGCUGUCGGCUGCCGAAGACUUACGCCUGGUAAUCCAUACAUGCGCGCAGUCCAAAAAGAGAACGUGGUGUUGCAUAGGGGUGCAGUAACAAAAGUCACCCCAUCCACCAUCAUUGCAUCCAAUGGCGACGAGGUCGAGGUUGACACCAUCAUCUGCGCUACCGGCUUCGACGCCAGUUUCCGACCGCCUUUCUCAGUCGUCGGACGCAACGGAAUUAGCCUACAGGAGAAAUGGAAGAAAGUCCCUGAAGGAUAUCUCAGCGUGGGUGUGCCUGAUAUACCCAACUACUUCACGGUCGUGGGGCCGUCAUUCCCCAUCGCCAACGGAAGUGUUAUGGGACCUCUCCAGGCUGUAGGGCGGUACAUCCUGAAAGUCAUACAGAAGAUGCAGCGAGAGAACAUUGCCUCUAUGGUUCCAAAGCAGUCCGUCACAGACCAGUUCAAUGAGCAUGCGCAGGCCUGGAUGGUCGGGACCGCAUGGGCGGACUCUGGGUGUCGAUCGUGGUACAAGGACAACAACACAGGGCGCGUCAAUGCGAUCUGGCCUGGUAGCAGCCUGCACUUUUGCGAACUGAUCGCAGAGCCGAGGUACGAGGACUUCGAGAUCAAGUACUCGAAUAAGCACAAUAUGUGGGAAUACUUGGGCCUAGGCUUUACAAAGAACAUGAUGGCGGAGAACGGCGAUCUCAGCCCUUACAUGGCGUUAGAUGCUAUCGACAGGGCGUUUGUUGGAUAUGAGCCGGACAAGGAUGCCGAGGACGCAAGAGUAAUGAGGAUGGCAGACAUGGUUCACGAUGGACCAAAGAAGAAGGGGAAUGGUGAAGGCGCAACGGCGAAGAGGAUGCCAUUUUCGAACGGAUCAAUUUGA